UUGAAGGAUCCCCUUUAAACACAGUAAAUCACCCCCAGGGUCUCGUGUUCAGUCCAUUAUCCGUCCAGUUAUAGUUUGAAGCAACUGUUUUGGGAUCGAGGACAUUUUUAUCGCACUAUGGGGAAUGGCAGAACGUACACGAGAGGACUGUGUAUCACUUUCAAUGUCCUGCUUCUGGUAUCUGGGGUAUUUCUGUUCGUAGUUGGGGUUUCAUACAGCUUCCGACACCCUCCUGAGUUUGACCAUCGGAGUACCCUCCAUGAGAUGUACGUACUAAAUGUGUUUGGACCCAUGACGGUACUGUUCUCCGUCCUGGGAGGCUACGCUGCCUACAGAGACAAGAGAAUCCUGCUGAUCCUGUAUGUUGUCUUCAUGACCUGUGAAUUCAUAGCCAUCGUAAUCAUCGCUGUGCCAAUGGUUCGCGCCCAACCGAAGAUGGAGGAGAUUCUGGACAGAAGGUUUCAAUCUGUGACUCCUCUUCACGAUACUGAACCAUCGGUCCAGAAGGAGCUGAACAAACUCCAGGCAUCAGAUCAAUGCUGUGGACUGCGUGGCCACUCAGACUGGGGUUGUCACAUUCCACUCUCCUGCUACUGUCCUCCACUCCCUCCAGACAACUCUUUGGACAGUCUAUGUGAGACUGUAAAUCUAGGCCUACAGAACACUAUGCUAGACUGUCAGCACAAUAACACCCACGGACGAACUACAACUUCAGUGUCCCAGGAGCGCUGGGUGUACAGCAAGCCUUGUGGUCCCAUCCUGAAGAGACACAUGAACUUCCUGAUUCAGAUCAUGAUCGGAUUCAUCUCUACAUUUGCCACCAUUAUGAUUGCUGCCAUAGUGAUGUCUCUGGUAGUGCUGGCCCUUCAGAUUCGGUCCACGGAGCCACCGCUCAACGACAGCCUCAACAGAGUCAAGUACCAACUCAGUCCUCUAGCUGUCACCUGACCUCAGCGUCAACACCACAGAGAACCCUGCUCUGCACGAGGACGAGAACUUGAUUAAUAUAUACCAAACUGUUAUCCCCCUGCUGGUAUUUUGUUUGGAACACUAGCUACAGUGAAAAUCAACACACGGCUAAAUUCCAGUGCCUGAACUCAAAUGAAAAACAAACACACAGUGUGGCUCUCAUCCCACCUCUUCCCUGCUGUACAGUUUGGUUAAAGUCUGGGUUUCGUUUGAUUUCCUGUACAUGAUAAAUGCCAAUUGUUCCCCUUGUCGUUAAAGUGCAUUAAAAAAAUAUAUGAAACUGCAUGAGUGUAAAAGUGUGGUAUGACAAUGGUGAAUGAACGAGCCAUUAUGAAUAUCUGUCCAACAUGGUGAGAGGUUUGUCAUCCUCACAAAAACAAGCAUCAUGUCAGUUAUCAACCAGCUGAGUUAAUAAAAUCAUUUGAUUUAAAUCAUUA